UGAAUUUUGUUGAUAUUUUAUUGCUACCCUAAGUUUGCUGUGCAAUUUGGCGUACAAUGGAGACCAAUAGUGAAGUCGAAAGUGAAAACGACAAGGACCUGCUAGUCGAUGACGACAUCGAUGACGACAUCGACGACGACGGCGGAGAUAUUGACGAGGAGCAUUGCUCUGGUGAUAAUGAUGAUUUAGACGAGGAAUCGAGAGAAAACGAUCGUGACAGUGACAGUGGAACAACAAGCAAUGCGCAGGAUGCAAAAACGCCACAGGAAAGCCACAAACGUAAAGGAUCGCUGAAAAAGAAAGGCUGGCUGAAAAAAGUAGCACGUGCAGUAAUGCGUCCUUUGAGUAGUAAGCUAAAAUGGAACGUCAAUUUAAAUCUUGAUGUUCAAGCGUCGAACAAGACCGGUCAAGCGAAGGGAAACUCAAAACGAAACGCUGAUGCUCCAUCUUCCAGCAACAGCCAGCAGCCGACCUCUGCUGAUGCUGCAACGAUAAAAAAUCUAAAAGCGAAGAACAAACGUCUAAAAAAAUUAACUAAUACGUUAAAGGCGAAAUAUGCUGCUGAGUCCGAAAGAAAUCGUGUGACGGUGGCGGAACUCAGAAAGAAGGAUGAAGACACGUGUGCGCAAUUAGCUAAUAUGGCAAACAAGUGUGACGAACUGUGUCGGGAUGUACAGGCUAAAGAUAAAGAGCUUGAUACGGUUAUAAAGCAAAGAGAGGUUAUUGCGCAAGAGCUACAGAAAACCACAGAGGAACACCGGAUUAGGUUUGAUAAUCUAACAGAAAGUCUGACAAAAAUGGAAAAUGAGAAAAUCGAGAUAACCGAGCGAAAUGCACUCAUCGUGGCAGAGAUAUCACAGAAUUUAGAGCAAAUGGAACGCAGUAAAAAAGAGGCCGAGUCGAAAAUCGCCACGAUGAAGAACAAAUUGAUUAGGCUGCAAACCGAAAAGUAUAAAACACAAAACGAUUUAGACGUGUGCCAGACGGAGAUACGUAAUUGCUGCAUGUUGACAACCUUACAAACCAUAACAUCGGCCAAAACUUACUACGAGAAAAUCAAAAAUAGGCUGUACACAUGUCCACUGUGCAAUGAACAGUUUAAAUCUCUAGGAACUAUGCAGUUCCACGCCGAAGACUGUGUUCAAUAUAGUGUUCAAGUGUUCGAAUAACUUAGAUUCAAUGGAAUUUCACGUGUUUAACAAUGUAAAUAAUGCAUCCCUGGAACAUAAUGCCGUUGUAAUUUGUUUCCUAAUUGAUGAUUCAGGUCCCUAUAGUAGAAAGUUUCAACUCCUUAUAAUGAGAGGUGAAUCAUACCAAAGAUUCAUCACUCCAAAACAGCUUUUCUCACAAUAAGCGACGUUUCAAAGCAUGCAGAUAGUAAAAUACCGUUCUUUUUUUGUAUUGGCAAUGGUUCAGUGCAGAAUUUUGUUGAAAACAAGGCCAGAUUUGUCUACAUGCUAUAGGCUACGUCGAAUGAUAAGCACGGAAGGAAGUUGUAUACCUUCAGAUGUUUGUUUUGGCCAAUAUUUUAGGCGGAUUGUAAAUGGUGUUUGGAGGAGAUAUUCAGUAUACGUUUAUCAGCUCGUUUUGGUGUUGAUUUCUUGCGGCCACAAACUUUAAUAUGAUGAAUACUACCUUCAUUUGCAUUUGCUUUCAUUUCACAGUUUGAUUAUUGCUGCCGAUUGCUUGCUCGCUUUUGUCGAAAAUUCGUGCAAUAUCCCUAUCAUUUUUACCACUAAUACUCAAAUUAAUAACUAAUUUACGUUAUUAAUUGGUAUACUUGGGAUAUUGAGAAGGUUCUACCAUAUUUCAAGCUGAGAAACAGCAUAAUGUCUUGUGAAUUCUUCACCAUGCGUUUCUCAGUUUUAAUUCUGCAUUUUGCAUAUUAAAACAUGUAAAAUUUCAUGUUAUUAUUGCUCAUAAAUUUAAAAAGUUGCUAGUUGCUUUAUUACCGAGCAAAACGAAGGAAAUUGGGGUGAAAAACUGAAAACAUCAAACUUCCAAUAUAAACUAAGGUUGUUUUCGCCGUGCUCAAAUUUACCUAUGGCCACAAAUGGCCGCACCAGUCUACUAGACUACAUCUAAAUGUCAUUUUAUCGCUCACAUUUUAGUCUUAGAACCUCAAUCUAAUAUUCAACGUCUCAAAAGCGGCAUUUAAAUAGAAGAUGUACUCAUAUUUUCACAUAUUAUUCAAAAGUUCAGGAGUCAAACUUCUUUUCGCCAUCCACUAUAUAUUCACAGCCAAAGCGCGCAAAUCUUUGUUUACUUUAUUAUAAUAAUAUAAUAAUAAUAUUUAUGUAGACCUGGUUGUUUAAAGCUAUACAGGUGAGUCUUACAAAUCUAAGGAGACGAGAGGAGAAAGUAGAGGGAAAGGAACGCAAAACGGACAACAAAGUCGAGCGAGACUCCAUUAUGAGACAGUUUAACAACACUUAGUCGGCGUAGAGGGUUUGGAGUGCACGUCUGAAGGAAGCAAGAGGAAGGUGGAAGUCAAAGUGACUAGGAGUUAUUGAAGGAACGGAGGCAACAGAGGAAUGGGUCCGAAGAGCCAAAAAGCGUUCGGCAACAGGGAAUGAGGAAACAGUCACGGCGGCGCAGGGAGCGCGAAGGGAUAUAUAGAGGAAGGCGGGCGAGGAGGGCAGAAUCGUCGAUAGCACCCAGCAGCAGCCCACCGAUCAACACAUUUUGGGCCACACACCGUCUAUCCACUAAGGACAGGAGGCCCAAUUGAAGACAGCGGAUCUGGUACGGUGGAAGAUCCGAGUAGCUAUACCCCAGCUGCCGACAGAAUACCAUGCGGGUGAAGCUCCUCUGCACCUGCUCAAGCGCAUUGGAGAGUACUUUGGUGGAAGGGUCCCAGACAAUGCAAGCAUAUUCUAAUCCCGAGCGAACCAGGCUACAAUACAAGGACAAAAGACAGUCGAUGCUGUUAUAUUUUACAAAGUUUCAAGAUUCAUUUCAAAUUUGUUACUAUAUAUACCAACAAUGGCAGCUGUGUUGCUCAACGUUGAUCAAGAAUGUUGUGUUACUAUCAAAAUUAAA